ACAUACGCUUCUCUCCUCCCACUCCACCACCACCACCACCACCACCACCACCACCACCACCACCAUGGCCUCCACCACUACCACCACAAUUGCACUCGUACUAGCCACAUUGCUCGCCUUCACCACCUCCGGCGCCCGAGCCCAGCCGCUGGCCCCCGCCCCGACCCCGGCCCCCCUCAACCUCACCGCCGUCCUGGAGAAGGGCGGCCAGUACAACACCCUCAUCCGCCUCCUCCGGGCAACCCAGGUGGAGCAGCAGAUCAACAGCCAGCUCAACAACUCCUUCAAUGGCCUCACCGUCUUCGCCCCCACCGACAACGCCUUCAACACCCUCAAAGCCGGAACCCUCAACAGCCUCAGCCAACAACAACAAGUUGCACUCGUCCUCUACCACGUCCUCCCUCGCUAUUAUAGCUUGUCCACGUUUCAGACCACCAGCAACCCGGUUCGCACCCAGGCGUCGGGCAGUAACGGUGGCGUCUACACCAUCAACGUGACGAGCACGCCGAGCCAAGCGAACGUCUCCACCGGCGUCGUCGACACGCCCAUCAGCAACACGCUUAAAUCCGACUUCCCGCUCGCGGUUUACUCCGUCGAUAGAGUCCUGCUGCCUUAUGAGCUCUUUGGGGCCAAGCCACCGGCGCCGGCCCCGGCGCCGGAAAAGGAGAAGCCUGGGAAGAGUGACAGGAGCCCCACGGCAGAUGGGCCGUCGGCGGCAGUCGGUUUGAAAGGGAGGGGAGCAGGGUGGAGUUUUGUGGUUGGGGUAGUGUGGGUGAUGGGCAUCAUUGGAAGUCUUUUGUAAAGAGUGAAUGAGUUCUGCUUCAUUGGACUGCAUUGCGUUGUGUCGCAUUGUUGGUUGGUUGCAUGCAAUUGUGCCAGUUUGCGUUUUGAUGUUUUUGUUAGUGUGUACCUGU